AUGUAUCGGAAGUUGUCUAAGUUAGAACACUCGGAAAUAAAACAACUUCUUACAGAAGCUAACAUAGAUGUUGCAAAACAUUACGCGACAAACAAAAAAGCACUCGCUGACAUCCUCAAUGACUAUAAUGGUGCAAUAAGUUAUGAUAGAAUUCAUGAGUUCAUAAAGCCGCAACGCGGCGAGGACGAAGUCCAUGCAAGAACUUUUCCUUUAAAUGACGUUGCUAUUGACUUAUAUCAUAGACGUUCAGUACCUCAUGAAGUAAGAAGAGAAAUGUUUGACAUAACAAAUGCAAACGUUGGUGAAACAAGAAGAAGAGACGACACACUGAAACAACAGAGAAGAGAGAUAUUUAAAAGUGCUAUAGAACAAGUUCGCAAAGCUAACGAUGUCAUUCGUUCCAUUGACGACAAACCAAAAGAAGGUGAGAGAUGGUUAAAGAAAG